AGCAGAGUCAGUCUGAGAGUCGCUAGCUGAACUUCCUCAUUCUGAGGGCAUUUACAUAGCUCGGUCCCGGUAGGCCUCGGUGAAGCCUCGGGGUGUGGAGAUGACGGAGCCGAAAGCGGCCGCUCCGGCGGCGGGAGACACUUAUAAAGGCUGGCUCUUCAAAUGGACUAAUUAUAUUAAAGGCUACCAGCGGAGGUGGUUCGUCCUCAGCAACGGCCUGCUGUCCUAUUACAGGACCCAGGCGGAGAUGGGACACACGUGUCGCGGCACGAUAAACCUGGCCACAGCCAACAUCGCCGUGGAGGACUCCUGCAACUUCGUGAUCUCCAACGGGGGCGCGCAGACGUACCACCUGAAGGCCAGCUCGGAGGUGGAGCGCCAGCGCUGGAUCACGGCGUUGGAGCUGGCCAAGGCGAAGGCCGUCCGCAUGCACGCCGAGUCGGACGACUCCGGGGACGAGUGUUCCACCUCGCCGCCCACUGCGGGACAGGGACUCGGGACUCGGAAUUCGGAGGUGCAGUCCACGCUGAGAACUCUGGGAAGCAAAGUGGAGGAUCUCAGCACCUGCAACGACCUGAUCGCCAAACACGGCUCCGCCCUGCAAAGGUCCUUGUCCGAGCUGGAGAGCAUUAAACUGGGUGGAGAGAACGGCGAUAAAAUCCGGCAGGUGACAGAAAGAGCCACGCUGUUCCGCAUCACCUCCAACGCCAUGAUCAACGCGUGCCGUGACUUCCUGGCCUUGGCUCAGGCUCACAGUAAGCGCUGGCAGAAAGCUCUGCAGGCCGAGAGGGAGCAGCGGGUUCGACUGGAGGAGACCCUGGAGCAGCUAGCAAAGCAGCACAACCAUCUGGAGAGGGCUUUCAGAGGAGCUACCGUCCUGCCCGCCUCGUCCAGCAACCCAGCAGCGGAUAGCAAAGGCUCGGCCUCGGCGAAGGGUGACGCCAGCGACGACGAGGAGAACGAGUUUUUCGAUGCGUGCCAGGACGUCCAGGAGUUCAUCACGGUCCCGGCCGACCCCAAAUACCACAGGAGGUCGGGCAGUAACGUCAGCGGGAUCAGCAGUGAGAUGGGAAUGGACGACGGGACCACAUCGCUGGACGAGCAGUCUUCAGCGUCCACUCUGGAGUCUCCUCAGUCCCAGGAGGUCGUGCCGGUGAGAAAGAGGCGGACCCGAAUCCAGGACAAGCCCAACUACUCCCUCAACCUCUGGAGCAUCAUGAAGAACUGCAUCGGCAAGGAGCUCUCCAAAAUCCCCAUGCCCGUGAACUUCAACGAGCCCAUCUCCAUGCUGCAGCGCCUCUCCGAGGACCUGGAGUACUCGGAGCUGCUGGACAAAGCCUCCAAGUGCCAGAGUUCGCUGGAGCAGAUGUGCUACGUGGCCGCCUUCACCGUCUCGUCCUACUCCACCACCGUGCACCGUACCGGCAAGCCGUUCAACCCGCUGCUGGGGGAGACCUUCGAGCUGGACCGGCUGCAGGAGAGCGGAUACAGGUCACUGUGUGAGCAGGUCAGCCAUCACCCACCAGCGGCGGCUCAUCACGUCAUCUCGGAGCGCGGCUGGACCCUGAGGCAGGAGAUCACCGUAGCCAGCAAGUUCAGAGGCAAAUACCUCUCCAUCAUGCCCCUAGGAAGCAUUCACUGUAUAUUCGAGAAGAGUAACAAUCACUACACGUGGAAGAAGGUGACCACCACGGUGCACAACAUCAUCGUGGGGAAGCUCUGGAUAGACCAGUCGGGUGAGAUCGACGUGAUAAACCACAGAACCGGAGAUCGGUGCCACCUGAAAUUCGUUCCCUACAGCUACUUCUCCAGAGACGUGGCCCGCAAGGUUACGGGUGUGGUGACGGACAAGGACGGCAAAGCCCAUUACGUGCUGUCCGGCACCUGGGACGAGAAGAUGGAGUUCUCGCGGGUGAUGCAGAGCAGCAGGGGGGGCGGAGGAGAGAACGGCACGGAGGGUCGGCAGAAAACCGUCUACCAGACGCUCAAGGCUCGCGAGCUGUGGAAGAAAACUCCUCUGCCAGACGGAGCGGAGAACAUGUACUUCUUCACAACGCUGGCCCUGACGCUGAACGAGGCCGAGGAGGGCGUGGCGCCCACGGACAGCCGGCGACGCCCCGACCAGAGGCUGAUGGAGCAGGGGAUGUGGGACGAAGCGAACGGCGAGAAGCAGAGACUGGAGGAGAAGCAGCGCAGCGUGAGGCGAGAGAGGGAGAGGGAGGCGGCCCGUCUGGCAAACGAAGACGAGGAGGGCGAAGGUGAGACCCCAGCUGUCAAUGAGGACUCCAUAACUGACUCGACUGUAAAAAGCGUCCCUCACGACAACUACAAGGCGCAGUGGUUCGAUAAGCAGGACGACCCGACGACCGGAGAGUCUGUACAUAUCUACAGAGGAGGAUACUGGGAGGCCAAGGAGCAGGGAGUCUGGCAAGCCUGCCCGGAUAUCUUCUGAUCUAAAAACAACCCGCCUGGAUUAGAGUCUCUCACCCCCUCUAAUCCC